AUGUAUGCUUUUUUGUCAAGUCAUGCGCUGCUAGCAGCUCGACAUGCAAAUAUGCUUUGCGGAGACUCUGGAUUUGAUGGCAGGGGCCUUGCAUUUGCAAAGGGUCUCUUGCAAGGGGAGAAGAUAGAGAAGGGAAAACGUUUACUGCAUUUACAGCUGUAUUCCGGACUGAGCCUGCCAAGCCUGCCAAGCCUGCGAAGCCUCAGCCAAUUUGCUGUACCGUUCGCAGUGGCCCUCUCAAGGCACAGACGAGGCCGACGGUGCCCUGCAAGAUGCAACCAGUCGGAGUCGGACGAACCGGGCGAAUUUUUUGAAGUGGAAUUAGAAACAGAGGAGCCAGAAGCAACAAUGGAAAUACUGUUUGGAAUGGGUGCCAUUUCCUCAUCGUUCUGCGAGCAAGCGGAAAAGGCACCGAGAUUCAGGGUGAUGGCUCAAUUUGAUCAGGCCAUCGACCUUCCAAGAUGUGCCGCUAUUCUCAUGAGCGCACUGGAUCUGCCAGAAUUGCCUACUGUGAGGUCGAAAGGGCUUGGCCAAGGGACGUGGAUUGACCACUUUCCUUUAUGUGAUGGAUUUGAAGUUCGCCUUCCUUGUCACAGUCGGGAUUCACGAAGGAAAAGGACAGUCGUCUACCUGGAGGGCAGCACUGCCUUUGGUGCUGGUGAUCAUCCAACGACCAGGGCUGCUGCUGCAUUCUUGAAAGACAACGUAUGUGCAGGUGACAGGGUCCUAGACUACGGAACGGGAUCAGGUGUGCUGGCUAUUUGUGCCGCUAUGUGCAAUGCAGAGCGAGUGCUUGGGCUCGACAUUGACCCUGUCUCCAUUGCUUCCGCUCGACGCAGUCUUGCUUUGAACAAAACCUUUGAUGGUUUCGACCUGCAAGAUACCGUCGAGUUUUUGAAAGUACCUGAAGAUCCAGAUGAAGCUUUACAAUUUAUUUCGUCAUGGGCGCAGGAUGACUACGCUGGCUUUGAUGUCAUAGUGGCGAACAUCCUCUACGAGCCACUGCUUCGUUUGGCUCACACACUUGCUGCAGUGGCAGUGCCUGGUAGCAAACUGUGCCUCACUGGCUUGAGGAGCGGGCAAACCGAGCCAGCUGAGCAAAUUGAGCAAAGUGCCGAGCACAUCCGGAAGCUGAGCAAAGUCUACGAAGAACUCGGCUUUCAGAAUUUCUGCAGCAACGAGCUGAGUGCUGGAUGGUGUUUGCUGACAGCCGAGAAAAAAUCAGGCGCCUAA